AUGAUUCAAGAAGAUGGACCUGCCACAAGGAAGCUGAGUAGCAACAGGACCCAAUGCAAUUCCACUCUGCCCACGGUGAAGAAAGUGCGCCGGUACGCACUGAAGGGAAUGGAGCCGCGUGAGUGGGGAAACGCGCUUAUAGACCAUCUCGUGGGGCCGGCUCUAACGUAUUGGAUGUAUCUACAGCGAACUUUCGAUCUAAGCGACUGGACGACCGUAAAGCACCGGCUUUUGGAACGGUUUAACAGAACAAUGUCACAGAGCGAAAUGCUAACUGAGUUGGCUAAAGUGCGGUGGAAUGGCAGCCUGAAGGAUUACACGGACCGGUUUGCGACAGUAGCGGAGCGGGGCAUGAGUCUUACCCCUGCCGAACUCGCGGAAUACUACUGCACGGGGCUACCGACUGACCUCCAUCUCUCAAUAACUAAUGACGGACACGUGAAAUACCUGACGUGGGAACAAGCGGCGACAGCCGCAACACGGUUUUACGAGCCCAAGCAGAGCGUGCUGGAACUCCGCGAAAGAAACAGUCGAGCCCUUAGGGCUGCCAUGCAGGCUAAUGGACCCCGUGGGCGCCAGGAAAUAGAAAAUCGCUCUUGGGGAGCCCGAGGAAACUGUUUUGAGUGUCAGGGUCGCGGACACCCGGCACGCGUCUGCCCCAGCAAGGGGGAACGUACCAAGCGUCCGGGGGAAACCUGCAAGAGAUGUGGAGGCCCCAAUGCCAUCCCAGUCUCCCUUGAGAGGAGAAACCAACUCCUCAGCACUGCGGAAGGAACUAAAACGAGCAAGGAGCACGAGGAAGAGACUCGGCCGCUCACGGAAAUGCGGUGGAAGUCUGGGCCAACGUCGAUCCUGAGUGAGGAGACUCCGGACGCGACGACGAAUAACCGCAGGAAGUCUGCGGAGGCAACAAAGGAAGGCCACGGGUCCGACGUGACAGAGAUUCUGCCCCACUGGUGGAGGGAGACUUACAUGAAAGAGUCUUACGACCAAGGGGGAGCGUUGUGUUGUGUGGGUGCGACGGCGGUACUUCGCGUAGAGCUCGUAGGGAGUCCAUGUGAGGCCCUCUUGGAUACUGGAGCUUCACGAAGUUUCAUUAGUCCCAAAACAGUCGAACGACUGCAGCUGAAAGUGCGGAUGCUUCCAAGGGAACAUAGGUUCACUGUGGCCACAGGUGCACGACUACGCAUUGACCGGGUUGUAACGGGACUGACGUUGUGGUGUGGACACGCACGUUUUUCCGGGGACUUUUUAGUGGGACCCGUCCCCUAUGACUUAGUCUUGGGCUUGGAUUGGCUGACGGAACACAAGGUGGCCUGGUAUUUUCAGUCAGACAAGCUCCGAACCUAUGACUUACCGGUCACCACGCUCAAUGGCCAGCAAGCCUGA